UGGGUGUGUUCAUUCCCUGCAUUCAGUGCGACGUUUCUCGCUAGCAGUUUAAGAUGGCGACCGUGCAUCUAAGGAUCGGGGAUCUGGUUUGGGGUAAACUUGGACGCUAUCCACCUUGGCCAGGAAAGGUCGUCAGUCCUCCGAAGGAUCUGAAAAAGCCAAGAGGCAAAAAAUGUUUCUUUGUCAAGUUUUUUGGAACUGAAGAUCACGCCUGGAUAAAGGUAGAGCAGCUGAAGCCUUACCACCCCCACAAAGAGGAGAUGAUCAAGAUAAACAAAGGCAAGCGCUUCCAACAGGCUGUUGAUGCAGUUGAGGAGUACCUAAAGAAGGCCAAGGGGAAAGAUCAGACACACUCUGAUGACAAAAGCAAGUCAGAUAAAGGGCGUAAAGCAGCUAAACCAAUGAAGAUCAUUGAAGAAGAUGAUGAAGAUGCCUUCAAGGGUGGCUCGUCAGACAAGGAACAGACUGAUUCUGACCCAGAGCCAUCCUCUGUACGACGGCUGGUCGCUGGAACAGUAUCAGGAUUCAAAUGGGAGAGCAGUCCAGUAAAGGAUGACCCACAUUUUCAUCACUUUCUGCUCAGCCAGUCUGAGAAGCCAGCUUCAUCAAUGGAGCCCAUCACCAAACGCUUAAAGAUAAUCGAGGAGGACACAGGAUCAACGUCUAUUCAAGCAGCAGACAGCACAGCCAUCAACGGCAGUAUCACACCUACAGACAAAAGGAUAGGAUUCCUUGGACUAGGACUAAUGGGAAGUGGUGUGGUUUCUAAUUUGUUGAAGAUGGGGCAUGUUGUGACCGUCUGGAAUCGCACGGCAGAAAAGUGUGAUUUGUUCAUCCAAGAAGGUGCCAGAUUAGGACGAACACCUGCAGAAGUUGUGUCCAUGUGCGAUAUCACAUUUUCCUGUGUAUCAGACCCAAAAGCUGCCAGAGAUCUUGUGUUAGGUCCUAGUGGAGUCCUACAGGGAAUCAGACCAGGCAAAUGUUACGUGGAGAUGUCAACUGUUGACCCAGAAACCAUCACUGAGCUCGCACAGGUCAUCACAUCCAGAGGCGGCAGAUUCCUAGAAGCUCCGGUUUCGGGCAGCCAGCAGCUUUCCAAUGACGGUAUGCUGGUCAUUGUUGCUGCAGGAGACCGCAGUGUUUAUGAAGACUGUAGCAGCUGCUUCCAGGCAAUGGGGAAGACGUCUUUCUUCAUAGCAGGGGAAGCAGGAAAUGCUGCACGAAUGAUGCUGAUCCUUAACAUGGUUCAAGGCAGUUUCAUGGCAACCAUCGCAGAGGGAUUGACCUUGGCGCAGGCCACGGGACAGUCACAACAAACAUUCUUGGAUAUUCUUUGCCAAGGACAAAUGGCAAGCACGUUUGUGGACCAGAAAUGCCAGAAUAUCUUGCAGGGCAACUUCAAACCUGAUUACUACCUGAAACAUAUUCAGAAAGAUCUGAGAUUAGCUAUUUCAAUGGGAGAUUCGGUUAAUCAUCCAACACCAAUGGCGGCUGCUGCAAAUGAGGUAUACAAGAGGGCAAAAGCAUUGGACCAGUCGGACAAUGACAUGUCUGCAGUCUACAGAGCUUAUAUUCACUAAUACGUCCUGGACCACAAACCUCACCUACUUUGUUCCUCUCCCUCUGUCUUUCUCUCCUCUGCUGAUGAAUUUUGUUGGGCACCAGUGAUGUUUUCCCAUGUGUAAUGGGAUCUAUUUAGCAGCCUAAUCUAAGCAUUGCACUGACUGUAAUAUUGCUGCACGUAUGCUCAGUGGGAGGUUAUUAAACUCCCUGCAAAUGAUUAUCUUAUGAUUGAACGUGCAGUGUAUUAUAUCAUCAUUUCGUUAAGGCUACUGCAUACGAUGCAGUGUUGUUUGAAGAUCCUAUGGUUUUUAUUUAUCAUUCAUAUCUUUACAAAUGAAUUCCCACAUUGUAAUUUUCAAAGUUUAAAAAUCUGUAAAGUAUGAACUUUUGAUCACAAACAGGCUUGAGGAGCACGACGAAUUAAAAAGCCAAUGCAUUGCCUUAAUACCCAUAUAAGAUAGACAGUAUUUAUUUUGUCUCUAAAGAUUACCAUCAUGUCAGGUGCAAUUUGGCCAUACAUUU